AUGGGGCCCCGUAGGCCAUCAGAUGUCGAUGGUUCUGAUUCACCAUUUUGUGUAGUUCUCGGUGCCCAAUGGGGAGAUGAGGGAAAGGGCAAAUUGGUCGACAUCCUUGCGCAGGAUGUACAGGUUUGUGCUCGGUUCAAUGGAGGUGCAAAUGCAGGGCACACGCUGCUUGUUGAUGGGAAAAAAUAUGCUUUCCAUUUGCUACCAUGCGGCAUGAUCAACAAGGCAUGCAAGAACCUCAUCGGGAAUGGCGUGGUCGUGCACAUUCCGACCUUGAUGAAGGAACUUGAUGCGCUGAAGGAGUUUGAUCCGCAAGCGCUGGAAAGAGUUUUCAUUUCGACUCGUGCGCAUAUCCUGCUGGAUAGUCAUCAGGUGAUCGAUGGUAUUUUGGAGGCUGAGCAAGGAUCCAAUUCCAUUGGCACCACGAAGCGCGGCAUUGGGCCAUGCUAUUCUUCCAAAGCAAUCCGCAAUGGGGUGCGAUUUGGCGAUUUGUUGCACUUCGAAGAGUUUGAGCGGAAAAUGAGAGAUCUUACCGCUUGGUCUCAGAAGCGCUACAGCCACCCAAGGGAGAGGGACUCACCCGCACAACUGCAGUUGAGGAAAGCCUUGCGGGAAUACAAUACACGGUCUGCCUUCGAUCCGGAACAUGGACAAAAGGGGGGCGUCACUGACCUCGAAGAGGAGAUACAGCGCUACAAGAGGUACGCCGAGCUCCUCAGGACACAGAUCGUGGAUUCCGUGACGUUUCUCCAUUCCGAGGUCUCCCUGGGAUCCAAGGUGCUGGUGGAAGGUGCCAAUGCUGCACUUCUUGACGUUGACUUCGGCAGCUUGGCAUGGCAUGGCAUGGCUGAUUUUGGAGUUUCCAGCUUCCUAUGCGAGAAGCCCCACAUGGCAUUGCUGAAGGGCUGCUCCCUGCGCUGCCUGGCCAGCCGCGGCCGGCGUUUCUUUGCGGAUGUGCCCAAGGCUGUGCAACCCAGCGAGGGCCAGGUGACGCCAACGUAUCCCCAAGUCUAUGGCCGAGUGGAGGAAACAGUGAUGUCACCGUACAAAGGAGGCCCCGUCUAUCUCUGGCUGCGCUCCAGCAUUGUUUGGCUGCGCCGCUUCCCCGGGCGACAUUGGAUGCGUUGGAUCGAGCGCAACUCCGACUACCAGAAGAUGUGCUUGAUGGGCAUGCCAGAAUUUCACAUUGAUCCCACCAAGAACCGCUGGAGGUACUACAUCGACACCAGCUACUAUGGCGGCAUGUUGGACAAGAGCCAUGAGGAUUUCUACCGCUACAUCUUGUUGUACCCGGCAAUCGCCUUCUUCCUCCACUGCACCUGGUGUCGUAUCAAGGACAACGACAAGGACAAUUUCCUGGCGAAGUGGCGCGUGCCUGCGGAGGAAGCCUGCACCUAUCCCUUCGUCACCAGUUCCAACACCACGGUGGGCAGCGUGUGCACCGGGCUGGGCGUUCCACCGAAGUGUGUGGACACCGUGAUCGGCGUGGUGAAGGCAUAUACCACGCGUGUGGGACAUGGGCCCUUCCCCACGGAGCUGCAGAAUGAGAUGCAGUCACUGGAGGACUACGAGGAGACCUUCAUCGGUCCUGCGGCCACCUUCGAACGAAAAGGCCACACAGGUGGCCCUUUCACCUGCUCUCCGGGUCAGCCGGUGAAGGUGGGUAUGAUGCUUCAAGAAGUUGGUGCAGAGUACGGCACGACCACUGGACGAAGGAGGAGAUGUGGCUGGCUGGAUCUGGCUUUGGUGAAGUACUCUGCCCUGGUGAACGGCUUUGACAGCCUGAACAUCACCAAGCUGGAUGUCCUUACAGGGCUCAAGCAGAUCCGAGUGGCCAUAGCUUACAGAAAUCGGCGGAUGACCGAAGUGCGGCUUCCCAGCGGCUACUUCCCAUCACACCUGGAUGAUCUCAAAGAAGUGGUCUGCGAAUACGAGACUCUGCAGGGCUGGGCCGAGGACAUCUCCCACUGCACCAGCUGGGAGGAGCUUCCAGUGAAUGCUCGGAAGUACGUGGAGAGGAUUGAAGAGCUCCUAGGCAUACCGGUCUCUUGGGUCGGCGUGGGCCCUGAUCGCAACAGCAUGCUGAAGGUCCCAAAGCAGAGACACGAGCCAGUGAGCAGCAUGCUACCUCAGCUGCCACCACGUUCCUCACGGUGA